AUGGCGGCGGCAGCGGCAUUACCAGAGGAAUUAUUGGAGUGCAUCUUCAAAUCUCUCAACGAUGACAAUCACACUCUCAAGCAUCUCUCCGUCGUCUCCAAGCAAUUCCUCGCCAUCACAAACCGUGUCCGAUUUUCCGUCACAAUCAGCGACGAAACCAUCCCUUUCCUUCCUCGCCUCUUCCACCGCUUCCCUAACCUCACCUCCCUCAACCUCACUAUUCUAUCCAAAACCCUAGAAGAAGUCGACGAUACUCUAACCCUAAUCUCCACUUUCCCUUUAGACAUCAAAUCCUUCAAUGUCUCCAAUACCAAUUACAACAGAUCCUUCCAUCUCUCCCAUACUAAUCACAUCAGACCCUUUCGUAUUCCUGCAAAAGGAUUGAUAGCUUUGUCCAAAACUAUGAAAAACUUGAAAUGUCUCGCUUUUUACGGAAUGAGUCAUUUCAAAUUGGAGGAUUUAUUCUUCAUCGCUGAUUAUUUUCCUUUACUAGAAGAACUAAAUCUCAGUGAUCCCUUGUUUACUUGUAGCCAAGAUUUUAUGAUGGAUGAUAAUGAUCAACUAUUGGCCCUACCCAAUCUCCGCAGGAUUAAUCUAUUUGGUAAUCACAUCAAUGACCAAUUUAUUAACUUUCUCCGCCGCAACUGCAAGCUUCUUCAAGAGAUCAUGAUCAUAUGCUGA